CAAAGGGAUAGGAAUUUUCAUUAUUGAACGUUAGGAAAGCCACACGGAGUAUUAAUAUAUUUUAUGCCGAGAUGCAGCGCUUGCUUCGCGGAGUCCGUUCCAUCCACCUGGCCCACCUACUCCGAACUGGAGUCCACUUGGAUGCCUGUGAGAUGCGCGACAAGCUGAAGUUCGAGUUCUCGGAGGACAAUCGGCGGAGGGUAACGGCCCUGCUCGCCUGGUAUCCGGAGCCCGAGUGGAAGGGAGCCCUGCUGCCCCUCCUGGACAUUGCCCAGCGGCAGCAGGGAUGGCUUUCGAUCAGCGCCGUCCACGUCGUGGCGGAGACCAUCAAAAUCGAUCCGAUGGAGGCCUUCGAGGCGGCCCAGUUCUACACGAUGUUCUUCAUGAAGCCGCGUGGCAAGUAUGUGGUAAGCGUUUGCACCUCCACGCCCUGCAAAUUGCGCGGCGGCGAUGAGAUCUUUGAAGCCUGCAAGAAGACCCUGAAUCUGGAGCACGGCCAGACCACGCCGGAUAUGCAGUUCACCCUCAAAGAGGACUACUGCAUGGGCGCCUGUGUAAAUGCCCCGGUUCUGGCCAUUAACGAUGACAUGUACGAGGACCUGGACGAGAAGAGUCUGGGCGACAUCCUGGCGGAUCUGCGGUGUGACAAGUUGCCGCCAGCGGGACCGCGAAAUGGAAGAUUUGCCAGCGAACCCAAGGGAGGACCUACGACCCUGAAGAGCCACCCACCGCCACCAGGAUUCAUGAUGCAGGAGCUGCCAGAUCCGAAGACCAACAAGUGCCAGUAGCCAUUGAUUAAGUCUUAAAGCAAUA